AUGCUCGCUUUCGCUGUCUUCGAUCAGGAGACCUUUGCCGUUCGUAUGGAGAAUCCUGACGACGGCGAAGUCUAUCGACAGUUUUUUCAGUUGCCAGACAAGGUGCAUAAAGGAAUUGCAAUCAGUGGUCCAACUCCCUACGCAUGGUCGAUCAUGUCGAGCACCAAGACCAACAGGGCGGCCUUCAUCGAAUCGUUGAAGGAAUUUCUCGCCACGUGGAAGUUCACCGGAAUCGAGAUUAACUGGGGGUGGCUGGAUGCUUCAGAUCGCAGAAGCAAUGUCGCUGGUACCCAGAACGAGGUCGACCUCAUGCACGAGUUGCGCGAAGCCUUAGGCAAGGACUUCAGCAUCUCGGUCGUCACCCUAGCGCAGUCCGAGUAUCUCAACACUACACACUUGAAGGAUAUGCAAGACGCGGUGGAUUGGUUGACCGUUCUUGCCUACACCCUUGACGACCAGCCACACGCGGACCCCACAAAUGUCGAUACCUCGUUGAACCUCCUCUGGUCUGCCAACCUUGAGCCAGCUAAAAUCAAUGUGGCUAUCGUUAAUCGCGACGUGGAUACACGGGCCCUGGAACUGGACCUUGCUAACAAGCACUGCCUCGGAGGUACUUCGCUCUGGGUCACCAAUUGUGAUGAAAACAACGCCCCUCCGCAACAGCCUGAUGGCCUGGAUAGUUUAGGCCCUUCACUUGUUGUGCAUCCCAGAUCCCCCCAAGGUAUACCGACAGAUCCGAUUGUGGUCACGACAUCUGCACGCGGUACUGGCAUCCGGCCUUCCAUCACCUACAGCAAUCCGCCAGUUAUCUCGAGCGUCGUUGUUCCAUCUCACCACAUCAUAACAUCUGUACAAGGUUCUGCGAAGCCAUCUUCUGUGGUCUGGAGCAGCCAGCCAACGUCUCAGGCUGCGUCGUCCCUGUGGGUAUCUUCGGUGCAAGCGCCUGCUCCGCCAUCUUCAGCUGCCUCGUCUCAUUGGGCAUCCUCGGUACAAGCAUCUGCUCUACCGUCCUCCGCAGCUUGGAGCAGCCAAUCAAAUUCGCACGCUGCAUCAUCCCAGUGGGUAUCCUUAGUGCCAGCCCCUGCUCCGCCACCUUCUGCGGCCUGGAGCAGUCGAUCCACUUCCCAAGCUGCCUCGUCCCCGUGGUCGCCUGCUCCGUCGUCUUCCACAGCCUGGAGCAAUCAACCGUCUUCUCUAGCCGGCUCAAGUGGUGUCGUCCCAUCCCACACUGCAUCUUCGGUCCCAGAAAGUUCAGCUGUACCAUCUUCUGGAGCCUCUUCUGUUGCUGCUUCCUCUGGAGCUGCAACCUCUUCAAACGCGUGGUCAUCGGCGCGGUCUAGUACUGCGAGUGGCUCUGUGUCAUCUUCUGGCGUUACAGCAAGCUCAGUCGGUGGGUCAUCUGUUGCCGCGUCCUCUGGAGUGUGGAGCUCUCCUGGUGGCUCUGCCUCGCCUUCGAGUGUCUGGAGUAACCCUGCCGGUAGCACUACAACUGCUUGGUUUUCUGGGCCACCUGCUAGCUCUGUGCUAGUACCUGGAUCAUCCGUCCGGCCUUCUGGUUCCAUUUCCACGGCCCAAUCUAGUGCUCAAGGCAGUUCCGUUGCACAGACCUCGGGAGUCGCAGUCCCAAGCAAUAGUCUGACUUCGGUCCACGGUAGCAGCACUCCAGGAGGUACCAUCGUCUUCCCUCCCGGUAGCUUGACCAGCAGCAACCCAUCAGUUACCCCCAUCAUCCCUCCUGGUAUUUCUGGUAGCAGCACCCAUGGAAGCAUCAACUCCCCGAUUCCAAUUGGAACUUUGAGCAGUAACACUCCAAGCGGCGUUGUUCCCGUUCCGAUUAGAACGCCGACUAGCAGUACUCCGGGUGGUUUUGGCCCGUUCCCUAUCGGUACACCGACUAGCAGCACUCCGAGAGGAGUUGUUCCUAAACCUACUGGGACUUCGAGCAGCCUCCGUCCUGUGCCCACCACGACAGGUUGUCCCAAGGAGUGCGGGAGCCUCGACUGGUGCAAGAUCUACUGUGAAAACUGGCCGUUUCCCCGGCCGAUCGAUGAACAGCCGCCACACGAAUGUCUACUUCCCGAGAAUAUCCCCUGGUGUCACCCAUGGUGGUUUAGUCCGAUCGAUGUCGACGGUAGUGAUGGCGAUCCAGACUCUCACACGGAUACCGACCCGGAUUGCAAAGAGAACAAUUGUGUUGCUGAAUGUUCCACGUGGAGGAUCGCGACUUUCCUGUUCUUCAAGCGACCUGUAUGCCCAUGUAUCCCAAAGAAGUGCGACAAGGAUGGUGAUAGCGACAGUCCAAGCGACAGCGACAAGGACGAUCCGAAGGGAGUUAAACCAAAACCAACGUCAUACCCCAAACCCGACAACAAAAAGUGCAAACUUCUCGGUUGCGGAUGCGGGUGGAUGGGUUUGGGCUAUGGACCUGGCUGCCCUGGAAAUGACUCCGAGCUGAACAUCCCGUGUGGUAUCUUCGGAUGUAACCCCUGCACCUUCUUCGGUAGUUGUCCAGGUGCCAAGCAACCCGACGACUCCAUCUUAGGCUACGGCGGAUACUGUCGAGGGGCAGGAUGCGAUCCUUGCCCACCGGAGCUCUGCAACCGUCCAGGAUGUACGAUUCCAGGAGGUUGUGGACCGAAGCCUGGUCCUGCGCCAACUAGGCCCUCGAACGAACCGGAUCCAGACAACUGCGAGGAUAGCCAGCGUACUGUCAUUACUGAUCGUUUCAUCAUGUGCACAAAAGGAUUUGAUGUUUCGGCCAUACCUUCGACCAUGUGGGGUACUGGUAGCACAUCAUCCACGAUGGUUACAUCAGUAUGUUUACCAAUAAUCGAUGCCACUCAGACCAUCUGCGGGCCGGCUCAGGGCUUCGAUACCACAACAACAAAGACAGGCACCAACACGCUCACCUCCGAUGCCCCAGCAUGCACUCGAGCGCCACUCUCUCUGGAUGAUGAUGAGGGAAACAACAAUCCCGAUGAUUCGUUGUUCGAUACGUCGAGCAUAUUUGCUAGCAACACCACAAUGUUUGCAAGUUCGACUUCCAAGGUCAUCUCCAGUAUGACUUCUAGACGCUCUGCAUCAUCGACCUCUUCAGCAGGGCCUGCUCCUAGCCAUAAACCUAUGAAUAGGAAUGGUCACUGGAAGGUGGAGAUUUCUCAAUGGAUGUGGGACGACUAUUCGGAAGUUUCUUGGAAGCUGUACGAUCCCAACGGCUUCCACGCUGGCCAGCACAAUACGCGUGGGAACAAGCUUGAGAAAAUGACGGACUACAUCCAGUCGGUCAAUCGUCCCUUUGGUGACUCCAUGCCUUUUGGAGUCGACAUGACCGUCUCAAAACCGCACGACCACGAUCGUUCCAGAAUUAACCUUGAGAUUAAAAAGAAGGUCUCAGGCUGUGAUUACAUGAAGGGCGUGGAGUGUAGGCCCUACAUGACGACAGAGGACUACAUCGAGAGUCAGCCGUUUGCGUUCCAGACUUGCGGGAAGUCUUGUUCAGGUAACGGUAAAACUAGUCCUUUGGGAGGUCUAGAGGACUUGUGGUGCGAUAAUCUCAACACGGCUGAUUGGGAGGCGUUGGCGAACGGAUGGAAACGCAGCUUCAGCUGUGGAUGGAAGGGUUAUGACUGA